AUGCCACCUUUCAGAUGGCCAGCCUUGGGAAAUGACUUAGCACUAGCGAAAGAGGUGGCCGUAAGAAAGCCGCAAACCCCUAACGAUUGGGAUGAAAUCGCACGCGUUCUAAGCGAAGCAUUUAGCACAACAGAGAAGAAAAUAGAACUUAAAGGCCGUGGCUGCCGCGAGCGGAUGGAUCAUUUGCUGGAAAAGCACGAACAAGAAGACAAAAAAUCAUUAAAAAAGUAAGAGAUUAAUGUUUAAAAUAUAAACCAAAAAGUCAUGACCAUACUUCAAAACACAGGCUUGUUUUCUAAAAAUGCUGUUUUGAUCUGAUCAUUUUUGAAAUUUGAAGCAAAUUUAUUUUGGAUUUUUGUGGUAGACAAAAUACUUUUUUUGAACACCACUAUUACACCAGGUCUGGUACUGAGGAAGAAUAUGGAGAAUUGAGCCAGCUACUGGAUGAUAUUCUAACCUUUAGAAGGGAUAUGAAAGAAAUAAAGGAAAGGGAGGCAAUGGAGAAAGAAAAAAAGAAGAAUAAAGAAAUUGAGGAUCGGAAUGCAGGAAUAGAAAUGAGGAGGAAAGCAAUGGAAGGUCUUGCAAGUAAGUAUACAAAUAUAAAAUGGACUUGAAUAAAUUUCUUUGUUGCCAUCAGUAUAUUUAAUACUUAGUACUUUUUGCAAAUGAAAGAGCACUAGCCCUGCUUUGGCCGGGGCGUGGUGGCAACACCCGGAAAGGCCAAGGAAAAUUUAAACAAAAUUUUGUUUUCUAGCCUGCAUGGCGAGAUCUGAGAGCAUAAUAUUGGUCAUUUUACAAAUUUAGUAGUAAGAAUAAUCAAAUAUGAAACUAUCAAAUAAAAAUAUAUAUAAUUUGCGGGGGUGCAAAAACUUUUGGGGGCGGUGCCAAAUCCAUGCCUGCACUAGCCCCAGUCCUCACCCAAAGUUGUCACUUAAAUGUUCUGCUAUUUUGCUUGUUGCACCUGUUGUAGAGCGUAAAAGCAGCACAGGGAGUAGCAGUGAGGAUGAGAAUUCCUCAGAAGAGGAUUCCUUCUGCAGUUCCUCUGGAGGUGCAAUUCAGGCACAAGGUAAGAGGCCCAAUGUAUUGUUUUAAGUCAUGGCCAAGGUACCGGUGCAGCCCCUAUUUCAAGCCAAUUAUCAAUGAGCGAUGGCAUUUGGGUUAGUCUAUACUAGGAAUGCAGGAUUUCCAAGUGAGGGAGCUUAAUUUAUUACUAACAAUAGCAAAGUUGGAGAGGAUGUACUAGGAAAUUAUGCAGCUAUUUAUAUUGAACUUAAGGAAAAGGAAGCUAUUAAGGGGAGGGGUUUAUUGGGGGUCGGCCAUUUAGUAUGUACCUUGUACACAAAGAAGAAUAGAUAUGACAUCACAUAAACAAUAGGGCGUAUGCAAAAAAAUGUGAAAUAUUUGACCCUUAGUUGCUUAUGUACUAAAUGGACGACCCCUUUAUAUUUUCAAAUUACUGUUUGCUACAACUCCCAAACUCUACCCAUUAAAAAUGAUUAUCUAUUUAGCCACUAAAAGGAAGGCCAUAAAGAAGAGAGCAUCAAGACUUUCUGCAGUCCAGAUGCUCGAACAGAAAAAUGAACGAAAGACAGACCUUAAAGAAAAGGAACUUCAAUUAAGAGCUGAGGAACUUGAACUGCAAAAAAAAAGAUUUGAAGAGGAGGCUGAAGAAAGAAAAGAGAGACUGAAGUUUGAAUUAGAAGAGAGGAGGAUUUUCCUGCAGGUCUUGAGAGACAGACUAUAG